CCCCAUGCCGGCUUGUAAUGUGAUUUGUGAAAGCCACAGGUUAUGCAAGGGAGAAAAGGAGGGUCAUUUUGUUAGAGCCUUUCAAAGGGUAUCUCGGGUUGUGGAGUAUUUGGACAGAUUGAGGAUAUCCAUGAGCUCCGAUUUCCAGCACUACAGUUUCAGGAUGCCUAAUAUUGGGUUCCAGAACCUUCCCCUCAACAUCUACAUUGUGGUGUUUGGGACCGCCAUCUUUGUCUUCAUCCUCAGCCUUCUCUUCUGCUGCUACUUGAUAAGUCCACAGAUGACCCUCUAAAACUGGACAAAUACGGGACAAGGAGAAGGGAAUGAGGCGAGUCGGGCUCUGGAGCGGACGUGCGAGCGCUCGCUCUCCCGGUGUGGCCCAAGCAAACACGGCUCGGACAGCUUGACGUGAGGCUGAACGUCACAGCUAGACUCGACUCCCUCCUCUUGGUUAGUCCCGAAGUCCACACACAUACGUGAAAUAAGCCUGUGGCUGGCGACACAUACAUGCAUACAUAAAUGCAUACUACAUAUAUAAAUACACACACACAGAGCAGUGUUUAUCUUGCCCAUUUCUGUUUUAGAAGUCAGUUACAUUAUUUUAGUAUAGGAGUCCAUGGAAAGAUCACAUUCUUAAAAAACCACGUGGCCCUUCUGUGGGCCCCUGUACUAAAUGUUACUGAAACUUUAAUCUCGCCCCCCCUCAGUACCAUGCUAACAGGGCCACUCAUCAAAUCACCCCCUGCCCCUCACCUCUGACAACCCCUCACCUCUGACCUCUGCCCCUUGCCCAAUGGGAGUCUCUGCACCUUUACCCGCUGCUCUCUUUCAGAAGGUGUCAGUCUCUCUCCUAGAACUGUGCUGCUGUGUGUUACAGAUCCCUCAGCCUCUCGCUCUGCUCCGAGAGGUUAAGGUUACUAGUAACGGAGAGGACUUUAAAGGUGAAAACAAAAAUGUCCGAGCCCUAUCCAGUCCUAUCACCGUUGCUUGUUGAAGGUCCAGGCUGCAUCACAUCCGGCCGUGAUUGGGAGUCCCAUAGGGUGGUGCACAAGUGGCCAAGCAGCAUCCAGGUUUGGCCGGGGUUAAGGCACCAGGCGCACAAGGAGCUGUAUGCAUACAAACAAGUUAUACAGAAGGAAAAGGUCAAAGAGCUAAAUUUGCAUGAGAUAUGUGCAGUGUGCUUGGAGGAGUUCAAACAGAAAGACGAGCUGGGGAUUUGCCCGUGCAAACACGCCUUUCACAGGAAGUGCCUCAUUAAGUGGCUGGAGGUGAGGAAGGUGUGCCCGCUGUGCAACAUGCCUGUUCUGCAGCUCGCCCAACAGGCGGGCGUCACCAUCGACGUCACCGUGCCCAUACAGCAGCACCUGCCAGGCGUGGAAAAUCUGGUGUAGCGCAAACCCGCAGUGCUCACACACACACACACACACACACGACUACACACACACAUACGUACAGGUACACUUAUGCCUCGAUCACACCGACAGCAUCAUUGCAUUUUUGGUACACCAGAAGUACAUUAAUUUCCAAUGGAACGCUGUGUUUACCUGGCAUACGUUCGAUGCUGCAUCAAAUUGUAUGCGUAGGCGGCUUGACAGAAAUGGUAGCAGAAGGGGAAUGCUGAAAUUUGUUGCACACAUAUCCAGAUGAUGCUGUGCACCAUUUUGCGCAAUGACUCUGUAGGUGCGAUCGAGGCGUUAUAUAUGAUUAAAAGACAGGACGGACAAUGGAGGAACACAACAGUGUUAGGAUGCGGACAGGGACUCGCGGCGACGAAGAAGUGAGUCUGCUGCCUCUCCUCCUCUCAUCUCUGCCUUGGUGGAUUCACAUAAUUAUUUUUUAUAUAUAUAUAUAAUUACGGUUAUUUUUAUUGACAAUUACAUUUCUUCUUGUGGACACAGCCGUGGUCACUAUUCUGACUGUUUCACAACCAAAGCACUUUUCUGGGGACACCAGCGCGUGACGAAUAAGAGACAUAAAAACCAACAACUACCACACGUUGAUAUGAAAAUGGCUUCAUCAUUUCGUUUUCUUUUUAACAACUAAACUUUUUUUUUUUCUUUUUCUACAAGCACUUUAAACAUUUUACUCAAACUUAAAUUGCUUGUGAGGAGGUUGUAGUAGCAACAAGGUUAUUUUAUUAUUACGAUUAACUUUUUUUGUGUGUACAUACAGAGCCACAUGAGUUAAUUUUAUAGUUGAGUGAAGAUUUCUUUUUUUUGGGGGGGGGGCGCAAUACUAUCUUAAAGGGACAGUAGACUCCAAAUGAAUUGACUUUGGGAUGCUCAAGGAACUGCAGAAUUCUGUGGCCUGAUCCUCACUCACACAUGCAGCAAAAAAGGAUAUUGGAGGUGUGUUUAUGAAGGGAGGGUCACCCCAACCUCAGUACUUGGUGUUUAAACAACUUAAUGUGAAUUAAGAGAGCAAUGGGUUCGAAUGUGGGGUUGUGACUAGGAUGUGAUUCACCGGUGCAUCCGACUCUGUCUCCUCUUGCAUAUGAAGGUUGUACAGUUUCUUACUCACUGCACACCUCAGCGUCUGCGUUCCCAAAUGGUACCCUAUUCUCUAAAAAGUGCACUAUUUGGGACACAGACUUUUUUUACCACAAGGGUUUUCUGUGGCCACUUUCACAGUCUGCAUCUGUCAUUACAGAAAAAAAGUUACUAUUCUGUUUGUGAACUAAUUGUUAAAACGCAACAACGCAGAGGUCGUAUUUUCAUUGAAAGAUUUUUCACUCCAAGGUUUUUAUAAGGGUCGACUCAAAUUAAAAUAGUAGAAUUACCCAGAUACACACUCCCAACUGUGGAGGGGUCCUGGCCUCAGUCACUUCCUGUGGACGAGAGACCAGGGAAGUAAGAGUAACCCAACACCCCGAGCCCAUGGCACCCCUAGAGCUAACAUCCAAUCAUAUGCCUAUGUUCUUGUUACAUAAGAACCCCCCCCAGCCCACAGCGCUCCCAAAGCAUUACUCAUUCAGCUUGUGGCAACGGAGCGCUAUGAAAACACAUAGUUGGAAGACUCCUCUUUUGGUUUUCUAUGUUUAAAAAUACAUCCCUCUCUUGCUGUCCUCUGGUUUGAGUUUGAAUGAGGUUUAGCCUGAUGUUAGUCUAAAACAACUAUCCCAAUCUACACACUAAAUAGUGAACCAGAGUACUUCAUAUAAUGACGAGAUUAAUUAUAUUCCAUAUGGUCUCCGACGUGAUCAUGUCGAGAAUCAUAUAUUCUAUAGGCUAAUCUUUAUGAAACCUAGAACAAAUACUGGUCCACUGAGGCAAGGGGUUCUUAAACUUUUCCAGUUUGAGCCCCAAAUUAGAAAUGGAUCAUCCUCCCCUGACUCAAAUGGUCCUCCAACAACCCAAAUGAAGAAGAAAUAGGGUAUGAUUAUAUUCUCACAUGCCCAGAGCCCACUUUGGGUCCCGACCCAUAGUUUAAGAAACCCUGCACUAAGGCAUUGUUGCAUUUUGACUGCUAUACAUUAAACGUAUAAAACCAGACAAGUUUGCUCAGUUCAUUGCAUUUCCAACUUUUGACACAGAAUGAUGGUAGUGAACGCUACAGGGCUACACGGCACGGCCUUGGAACGUGAACGGCUUGGUGAAAUGUAUCAAGCUGUGACACUAUGCAAACUAAGCAACAAACCCCGUCUCUUGUUUGCGAGCCCUUACUGAUGUCGUAACAGGAGCACCCGGGGAUUCACUUCAUUCUCAAUUCAGUCAACGAUUCAAAGCUGCUUCUGUGAUUUGGUAAUUACUAAAUGCUAUUUAGCUUUAGCUUAGCAUAGAUCUAAUUAGGUCUAUGAGGGAUGUAGGCUAAGCAUCUAGUUCAAAUCCUGGCAGCACUCCGCAUAUCGGUCAACACACAUACGUACGUUCCCACUAGAUGUCAUUGAGCUGGUAUAGGCCCUGGUCAGCAGUCGUAGAGAAUAGCAGUGUUUUAGCAGGCUCAUUCUAGCGCUUUCCCCAAUCGCUCUCUCCACACUGGUGUUUUGUUCACCGCUACACACACACACACACACGCACACCAACCCCUCUACCCUUGUGCUUUGUUCCACCACCUUUUGUGGGAUCACUGUAGUAAAAGUGCUGUGUGAUAGUUUGGAACAGAGGGGGAUAGUGUCCCAUAGGUCAGGGGUCAGAUUGUGUCAAAGGUCACAGACUAGAUCUAGGUGAUGGGUCAUAAUAAUGCCGUUCAAUACAACUUUAUUUAGAAGGCAGCCUGGUCUCUCCUAACAGGUUCGUUCUUCCCUCCUUAAGUGUUUGUAACUUUGAAGGAACCCGGCUUUUCCAGUGCUGAACCACCCAACGAAAUUGACUGUGUCCAUUGGCUUCACUUUCGAACAACAACCGAGAGGAACGUUAGCCUACUGUAGCUAGCUGGUCAAAUGAAUAGUAGAACAUUUGUUGCCAAUAUCAGAAACAAUGGCUCUCCCGCCCCACCCAAUAAUAUCUAUUGUAUUUGAGGAGGAUGACAAUUUCAAUUAUGAAGUAUAUAACACCUUCUUUGUACGAAGAGACUUCAACUCGGAUAUCCAUCUCAAAACUCCCACGUUUGACUGGUCCAAAGUUACCUUUUGACAACAAGCCCCACCACUUUCUUAUUCCCUCAAGACUCCUAUAUUGUAAGCCAACAGGAAACAUGGCCAGGCUUGAAGCUUCAUCCUCUACUACGUGUGGUUGUCUCCAAGUUGACGGUUUAGAGGGAGAUAUGACAUAGGACUGGGAGACACUGAUCAUGUGAAAGCAUGCGAUGAAAUGGCACCUGCAACCAAUUUUACCAUUGUAAUUGUACAUAGAGUAGUAGCAGUGUUGGUAGGAAGGCAUACUGCAUAAACACUUUUUACUGUGAGGGGUUGUGCAUUGUGCACCGAUAAUUCUUCCAUUGAAAACACUGCAUCUGCGCACUUACAACUGCCAUUUGCCCAUCCGAGAAUUGUAACAAUGCCAGCCAUUUUGUAAUGUUUUCUUUCAAAGGAGAGUUGAAGGUCAGAAGAGAAACCUUUUAUCUAUAAUACCCCUUCAUUUCUUCCUGUGUAACUCCCUAAUCCUUCCCCCAUGCUUCUCGGGCCAGACAACAUGGUUCCAGGUUCUCUCCGAGUCCUGGAAAGUAGCCACGGUCAAGUGCCAGAACAGCAGGCAGUUAUUGGCCCUUACGCAAGAGGAAGGAAUAAUGUGUAUAUUCAUAGUGAAUAAUCACCUGUCGUCUACUAGUUAUUACUGCACAAGGUACCAGGCCAAAUCUAUUUGGAAAACAUUGGGAGUUUGGACGGUUGAUGAAUUUAGUGAUGAUUCACCCUCCUGUAAUCUCCAUGGACGUCAGCACUGUUCCAGAGAACGCCAGGCCAUUGGGCUGUAAUAUUAAAGGACUAUGGUGUACUUGCUUCAAUAUCAUGAAUUACUGAGACGAGAGCGAGGCUCUUUGUCACCACAGCAACCAAAUUACGUAAUAACGGGCCCCUUAUCAUGACGCCUUUCUAUAAGGUGCUUCUAUCUCAGAAAGUAUACCCAGAGACAGAAGAUGAACAGAAGAGGAAGUGGGACAUCCUGCUCCCUCGUUUUUUUUUUCUGUUUCAAUGGAAGCCAAAUGAACUAAGUAGACCAGACCAAGCUGCUAUCGCAUUGGUGUCUUCAGUAGAGCCAUCCCCUUAAGUAGACAUUCUAUUCAAUGGUAAAGGGCCUGAGUCAACCAUCUUUUGUAUACCUAGCUGUUGGCAGCCAUUUUGUGGGCCAGGCCUCAAGGUCAAAGCUGUGUAAUUGGCCACUUGGGCCUCUAACACGUCACUGCCUCACUGAAAACUCUCAAUGUUGUGUAUGGUGUGCAUUUAUUCAGUGUAUAGUUCUUGUAGUGCACCCCCCCCCCCUCUCUCCCUUUAAGUACAUCCCCUGUCUCGCCCCUACCCCACUUUAUCCCAACCUCCCACUAUGUCCAAUAGCCACCACCACCUUCUCUCAAUGGGUCAACCUACCCCACCAUCUUACCCCAACCUCCCACUUUAUCCACCAGCCCACACUUUCUUCUCUUGAUGGGUGAUCCCUACCCCAUCCUCAUUGGGGGGGGGGGAGUCUACCCACCCUACCCUGUGAUAUAACAUUGUUUUUAAAAUUAAGAAUUCUGCAGCAGAAUAUUUUUAAAGAAAUUUGCUGUACAGUAUUUGUAAGCUCUAUUUUUGUAUAUUUAAUUGCCAUUUUGGAAAGACAAAGUAAUGAAUGCAUUUCUUUUGCUAAUUCUGUUUUAUUCAUAAUGUGUUUUUUUUGCAUGUGACUGACUUGAACUGUAAAUAAAAUGACCACGUUUUGGAAA